UCCACCAGCAAUGAUCGGUGAAUCGCUUCCACUGCUGCUCCUCCUGCCUUCCAUUAUCGCUGCCUUGGGCACCCAAGUGAUCUGCUAUGACCACAAGCGCAUGCUGACCCUCAUCGAGAGGCUCAAUGGCACCGUGGACGAGCAGCUCUCGCUGGCAGCGUCCACCUGGGGCAAGCUGCGCGCCGACUACCCCAGGGAUGUGGCCAAGAUCGACGAACUGGACGAGACGAUGCAGCGGGUGAUGUGCAACAAGGACAAGAACAUCACGCUCAGUCAGCAGCUGCAGGGACAUCUCAUGCGCGAGCACAUUCGAGAGCAUCUGGAGACCAUCAACACGACGGCGCUCUUCCGGCAGGCCCUCGAGGCACCCGAGCACGAGCUGGGCAAGUGGCAGCUGGCUAUUGGGCGGCACUCGCAGCGUUUCCACUGCCUCUUCAAGCCCGAGCAGCUGCAGCAGAUCAUUGGCAGCGUGCUGAAGCGGCUGUACAGCCUGCAAGAGUCCAACAAACUGGCGGCCCUUCUCUAUCAGCUGUAUUUGACGGACAGCAGAGCGAACGAGUCCUUCCGGCUGAUGGUCUACUCCGAGCUGCUGCUCUACGAGCGCUACAAGAGCGGCGGCCAAAAGAGCACGCACUUUGACAAUUACAUGGCCAAAAUGUGGCAGAGCCUGCAGCUGGAGGAGCCCUACACGAGCCUGGAUCAAGGACUCAAACAGCGACUGGUGGAUGCCAUUAUUGACCUGUUGGGCUAUCUGUGAGGGCCAGCUCUGAGGCGGAUUCCAUUGUGUAAACUUUAUUCGGUGCAUUGAUUUUUGUGUCUGUUUGCAGCUGUGAUAAUUACAUACAAUUUAUGUUCAUUCCUUUUA